CGGUAGAGCCGCUGGUUUCCGUGACGACUGAAAGCGCGGGAAUUACAGAUAAAUUUUAAUUGCGACUGCGCAACGCUGUGAUUCUGCAGAAACGUUGUGCGCUGAGGACCUUCCGAAGUUUCAGAUAACUGGAACCCUGGAUCUGGGAAGCCUGGAUGUUUUUCUCUGGGCAAAGGUGGAAGAGCCAAGAGCCCUGGGUUGGAACAGAAAGAAAUGGAUUCAUCUUCAGCUCGAGUUGAAGAAGUACAACAUGUCCUUAGUGCUAUGCAGAAAAUCUUAGAGUGUCCAAUAUGUCUGGAAUUAAUCAAAGAACCUGUUUCCACAAAGUGUGACCACAUAUUUUGCAAAUUUUGUAUGCUGAAACUUCUCAACCAGAAGAAAGGGCCCUCUCGGUGUCCUUUGUGUAAGAAUGAUAUAACCAAAAGGGGCCUACAAGAAAAUACAAGAUUUAGUCAACUUGUUGAAGAGUUAUUGAGAAUCAUUCAUGCUUUUGAGCUUGACACAGGAUUACAAUUUGCAAGUGUGAAUUAUAACUUUUCAAAGAAGAAGAAUAAAUCUGAACAUUUAGAGGAGGAGAUUUCUGUUAUCCAUAGUUCGGGCUACCGAGACCGUGCCAAAAAAUUUCGACAGAAUGAAUCUCAAAAUUCUUCAUUGGAAACCAGUCUUAGUGGCCAACUCUCUAAACUUGGGAUUGUGAGCUCUCUGAAGACAAAGAAGCAGAUACGGUCUCAAAAUAAAUCCGUCUACAUUGAAUUGGGAUCUGAUUCUUCUGAAGAAACAAGUUGUAUAUCAAAUUAUUGCAGUGUCCUGGAUGAAGAAUUGUUACAAAUUACUCCUCAAGGAACCAGUGCUGAAGCCAGUUUGGAUUCUGCAAAAAGAGCUUCCUGUGAGGGGAACAUAACAAAUAUUGAACAUCAAUCCAGUAGUAAAGAUUUGAACACUAUUGGGAAACAGACCACUGAGAGACAUCCAGAAAAGAAUUGGAGUGUUUCAAACUUGCAUGUGGAGCCAUGUGGCACAGAUAUUCAUGCCAGCUCAUUACAGCAUGAGAACAGCAGUUUAUUACUCACUAAAGACAGAAUGGAUGUAGAAAAGGCUGCAUUCUGUCAUAAAAGCAAACAGCCUGCCUUAGCAAGGAGCCAGCAGAGCAGAUGGGCUGAAUGUAAGGAAACAUGUCACAAAAGGCAGACUCCCAGCACAGACAUAAAGGUAGAUCAGAAUGCUGAUCCCUGCUGUGGGUGUAAAGAAUGUUCUGAGGAUCCAAGAAAUACCCAAGAUGUUCCUUGGAUAACACUAAAUAGCAGCAUUCAGAAAGUUAAUGACUGGCUUACCAGAAGUGAUGAUAUGCUAACUUCUGAUGUCAGUGGGAAGUCUGAAUCAAAUGCGGAAGUAGCUGGUACAUUAGAAGUUCCAAAUGAAGUAUAUGGAUAUUCUAGUCCUUCAGAGAAAAUAAACUUACUGGCCACUGAUUCUCAUACUUAUUUAGAUUUCAAAAGCUGUAAAACAAUUUCGAGUAAUAUGGAAGAUAAAAUAUUUGGGAAAACCUAUCGGAGGAGGACAAGCCUCCCUAACUUGAGCCAUGUACCUGAAAAUCUAAUAAUAAAAACACUUCCCAUAGAACAAAAGAUACAAGAGCAACCUCUCACAAAUAAAUUAAAGCGUAAAAGGAGAACUACGUCAUGCCUGCAUCCUGAGGAUUUUAUUAAGACAGCAGAUUUGGCACUUGUUCAGAAGAGUCCUGAAAAGAUAAAUCAGGAAACUCGUCAAAUGGACCAGAAUGGUCAGGUGAUGUGUCUUACUAAGAGUGGUCCUGAGAAUGAAACAAAAAGUGCCUAUGUUCAGAAAGAGAAAAACAGGAAUCCAGAAAAAUUAUUGAGAGAAAAGUCUACUUUUAGAACUAAAGCUGAACCAAUAAGCAACAGUAUAAACACUAUGGAACUAGAAUUAAGUGUCCACAGUCCAAAACUACCUAAGAAAAAUAGGCUGAGGAGAAAGACCUCUAUAAGACACCUUCAUGCACCUGAUGUAGCCUUCAGAACUCCAAGCCCACCUAUUCAUAGUGAACUACAAAUGAACAGUUGUACCAGCAGCGAAGAGAUGAAAAAAAAAUCCAGUCAAACAGAUAUGUGUGGCAGAACACUCCAACUCCUGGAAGACACACAGUCUGCAACUGCAACUAAGAAGAGUAACAAGCCAGAUGAACAAUUAAGUAAGAGAUGUGACAAUAAUGUUUCCUCAGAACCGAAGUUAACAAACACAACUAGUGUUUCUACUAACUGGUCAAGUUCUAAUAAACUUGAAGAAUCUGUUGGUCCUAGCCUUGAGAGAGAAGAAAUAGAAGAGAACCUAGAAACAAUAGAAGUGCCAAAUCUUGCCAAAGACCCUAAGGAUCGAGUGGUAAAUGGAGAAAGGGUAACGCCAUCUGAAAGAUCUGUAGACAAUACUGGUAUUUCAUGGAUACCUGAAUCUGAAUAUGACACCCAGGACAGUAUCUCAUUACUGGAAAUUAAUCCCCUUAGAAGUGGGGAAACAGCAUCAAACCAACGUAUGACCCAGUAUGACGUAGUUGAAAACCCCAAGCAAGUUCUCCGCAGUUGUUCUAAAAAUACUAAACAGGACACAGGAAGCUUUAUGGAUCCAUUGAGACAGCAAGAUGACCACAUUCUGGAGAGUGAUAUAGAAAUGGAAGAGAGUGAACUUGAUACUCAGUACCUGCAGAAUACAUUCCAAGAUUCAAAACGUCAGUCAUUUGCUCUGUUUUCAAAUUCAGGAAAGGCAGAAAAGGAAUGUGUCUCUGCCCACUCUGUGUCUGUAAGUAAGCAAAGUCCAAAUGUCAUUCUUGAAUAUGAACAAAGAGAAAAAAAUCAGGACAAAGAAGAGUCUAAAAUCAGGCUUGCACAAGCAGUUAAGGCCACUAUGGAUUUCCCUGUGGUUUGUCAGAAAAAUAAGCCAGGUGAUAAUGCUGAAUGUAGUAGUAGCAUUACAAAAACCUCUGGGCUUUGUCCAUCAUCUCAGUUAACAGACAAUGAACUCACUACUGCCAAUAAACUUGCAAUUUUACAGGACUUAUAUCUUAUGCCAUCAAUUUCUCUAGGCAGGCCAUCUGUUAAAACUAAAUGUAAGAAAAGCCUGUUAAAGCAUUUAUUUGAGAAACAGUCAGUGUCAUCUGAAGAAGGAAUGGAAAGUGAGAGCAUCAUUCAAAGCACAGUGGGCAUGUUUAGUCUAAAUAAUGUAGAAAAGGCUUUUAAAGAAGCCAGCCCAGGCAGUAUUAAUGAAGUAGGCUCCAGUACUACUGGAGGAAGCUCCAGUAUUAACGAAGUAGCUUCCAGUGUUGAAAACAUUCAAGAGGAACUAGACAGAAGCAGAGGGCCUGAACUGAAUGCUGUGCUACGAUUAGGUCUUACACAAUCUGAAACCUAUAAGGAAACUCUUCCUGUAAGUAAUUGUAAGCAUCCUGAAAUAAAAGAACAAACAGAAAAUGAAGGAGUAGUUCAGGCUGUUGGUGCAGAUUUUUCUCCAUGUCUAACUUCAGAUAACCUAGAAGCAGGUAUGAGAAAUGAUGUCUCUCAGAUUUAUUCUGAGACACCUGAGAAUCUUUUACAUGAUGAUGGAAUAAAGGAAAAUACUAGCUUUGCUGAAGGUGCCAUUGAGGAAACAUCUGCUGUGUUUAGCAAAAGUAUCCAGAAAAGAGAGUUCAACCGGAGUCCUAGCCCUUUAACUCCUGCAUCUUUGGCUCAAGGUCUUGAAACAGAUGAUGAUCUUCCCUGCUUCCGGCACUUCUUAUUUAGUAAAGUAACCAAUAAACCAUCUCAGUCUAUCAGACAUACAAUAAAGUGUCUGUCUGAGGAAACAGAGGAGAACCCAGUAUCACUGAGGAAUAACUUACAAGUCAACAGUAAUGAGAUCUUAGUGGAAGCUUCCCAGGAGACACAGUGCUCUGACAGCACAGGGUCUUCAGAGCACAAUGCAUUGAUAGACCUGACUAUAAACUCCAACUCCCGAGAUUCCUUCUUGAUGUUUUCUCCCAAACAAAUGAACCAGGAAGUUAUUGUUUUGAGUGACAGGGGAUUGGUUUCAGAUGAUGAAGAAAGGGAACCUGACCUGGAAGAAGAGGAGAGAACAGAUUCAAACUUAGGUGAAGCAGCAUCUGGCUAUGACAGUGAAACAGACAUCUCAGAAGUAUCCUCACAGAACGAUAUUUUAACAUCUCAGCAGAAGCAUAUUAUGAAAGAUAACCUGAAGAAAAUGCAGCAGGAAAUGGCCCAUCUAGAAGCUGUACUACAGCAGCACAAGAGCCAGCAAAUUUCCACCAGCUCCACUUCCCUCAUAACCAACUAUUGUGGCCCUGAACAGAACGUCUCAGGAAAAGCAGUUUUAGCUGCAGAGAAAAAUAAUGGACUUCCUGUAACCCAGACUCGAAAGACCUUUUCUGCUGAUGAGUUCCAAGUAUCUCCAGAUAGUUCCACCAGUAAAAAUAAAGAACUAGGAGUGCAAAGGUCUUCCCCUUCCAAGUCCCAGUUGGUAGGUAAUAGUGGGUCUGUGCACUGCCUGUCUAGCAGGCUUCAGAACAGAAACUGCCCAUCUCAAAAGGAGCUUGUGAUGAUUGAUCUGGAGGAGGAACAACUGGAGAAGUCUCAGCCACCUGACCUAAUGGAGCAGUCUUAUAUACCCAAGCAGGACCUAGAGAGAACCCCUGGCCUGCAAUCUGGAAACCACCUCUUCUGUAAUGAGCCUAAAUCUGAACCCCCUAAAAACAGCACUCCAGAGCCAGCUCAUGCCUGCAGUUUAUCAUCCCAAUUGCAAGCUGCCCAGUCUGCCACCAGUUCAGCUGCUGCUUGUGGGGACAGGGCUAGGGGAGCGAGAGAGAGCAGAGAAGAACCAGAAUUAAGCACUUCAACAGAAAAGGUCAACAAAAGAAUGUCUAUGGUGGUUUCAGGCUUGAUUCAAAAAGAAUUUGUACUUGUACAGAAGUUUGCCAGAAAACACCACAUUACUUUAACUAGUGCAGUUACCGAAGAGACUACUCAUGUCGUUAUGAAAACAGAUGCGGAGUUUGUCUGUGAACGAACACUGAAAUAUUUUCUGGGAAUUGCAGGAAGAAAAUGGGUAGUUAGCUAUUUCUGGGUGACCCAGUCUAUUAAAGAAGGAAAGGUGCUGGAUGAGCAUGAUUUUGAAGUCAGAGGUGAUGUGAUCAAUGGAAGAAACCACCAAGGACCAAAGAGAGCCAGGGAAUCAGGGGAGAAGCUCUUCACAGGCCUAGAAAUCUGUUGCUAUGGGCCCUUUACCAACAUGGCCACAGAUCAACUGGAGUGGGUACUGCAGCUGUGUGGGGCCUCCGUAGUAAAGGAGCUUUCAUCACUCACCGUGGGCACAGGCUCUCACCUAAUUGUGGUCAUACAGCCAGAUGCCUGGACAGAAGACAGUGGCUUCCAGGCCAUUGGGCAGUUGUGUGAAGCAUCUGUGGUGACCCGGGAGUGGGUAUUGGACAGUGUGGCCCUCUACAAGCGCCAGGAUCUGAGCACUUACCUGAUAACGCAAAUCCCUCACAAUGAAGAUGGAUGUCAGCCACAGAUCGAAACCACAGGUCCCCAAGGAUGUGCUUAAGAAAUGGCCUUUUCCAACCCAGAGACUGUUUCUCAGUACUGAAUCCUUCCACAGUCCUGCUUACUAAAUAUUUUAUGUACAUCAGCCUGGCAGUGGGGUGGGGGAGAGUACUUCUGUUUAUGUGAGGGCCCCUUCAAGAUUUUCAGUUUCAAGUCUUCCUUUGAAAUCUGCCAUGAGCACAGAAUUGUGGCAGUCUUUCACCUAAGAAUGUAAAACCAUUUAAACCCUACCAAUUGAGCAAGAUGCUGACUCAUUAUUUAUUCCUGGUACUGAGCUGGCAGCAUAGGCAGCUGAGCCUCAGGAGAAUACCUAAACUGGUUUCUCAAAAGUCCUGUGUACAGACCUUUCACUGGAAGGAGCAUGCCUGAGAUCUGUGGUAUGAGUUCAUAUCAGAACAGUCUGUAAGGCCCUAGGUUCUGUGCCCAGCACCACACUCAGAAAAAUAAGAACAAUCCCUGGACAGCUGUCAAAUGUUGGGGCACAGCCUUGGGGAGGAGAUUUGGGGGCAGAUGAUGGAUAUGAACAAGGAACUUGAGGAUUAGCUAGAGAUCUUCAAACAUCUGCACUUAGUCACUGGACUAAGCUCUGGUAUGGCAGAAUAUUUUCAAAAAAAAUGUGUCCAAAGAGUCUGUUAGUUCCCCAUUAGCAACCCAUUUUUAUUGUAGUUCUGGUAUGUAACCCAUUCCCUUUAAAGUAUAAAAUCUCUAGUAUGAAUAUUUCAUGUCUGUAAAAUGACAGAUGCCACUAGGAAAAGAGCUGUUGCUUUCUUUGAGGUAAUUUUUCCCCCUUUUACUGCCUAUUUCUGAAUGGUACCAUUUCAUAACUAAUUCUGCUUGCUAAAGGAAGAAAACAUGUUUUUCAUAAACUUAAGACUAUGGUAACUAUGGGAAAGCCUAGGUCUUCCCUCUCCCACAGAAUACAAGGGCAGGGAAGACUUGAUUUCUUAAGAUGUGUUUUGUAAACAUCAUGCUGUUAACACUACAAAUAAACUUGUAGCAAACAUUG